AUGUUUCGUCAAAGUGUCCGGCGAUUUGCCACUACGGCAGUCCGCGCUGCUGGAGAGGGUUCCACUGCCUAUGCUACACGCGUAUCAACCGCCCAAGGCGUUACCAAUGGCUUAACCGAAGCAAUUGGCAACACUCCCCUCAUCCGAUUGAAGAAACUCUCUGAGCAGACCGGCUGCAAUGUUCUCGGAAAGGCGGAAUUUCAGAACCCCGGAGGCAGUGUGAAAGACCGAGCCGCACUGUUCGUUGUCAAAGACGCAGAGGAGAAGGGCCUCCUUCAGCCCGGUGGUACCGUCGUCGAGGGCACCGCUGGAAACACCGGUAUUGGACUUGCGCACGUAUGUCGGUCAAAGGGCUACAAGCUUGUCAUUUACAUGCCCAACACCCAAUCCCAGGGCAAGAUCGACUUGCUCCGCCUUCUUGGUGCGGAGGUAUAUCCCGUCCCCGCAGUUGCCUUCGACAACCCCCAGAACUACAACCACCAGGCGCGUCGGCACGCCGAGUCCUUGGACAACGCAGUAUGGACCAACCAAUUUGACAACAUCGCCAAUCGCCAGGCCCACAUUGACACAACCGGCCCUGAAAUCUGGGCUCAGACCGAGGGCAAGAUCGAUGCAUUCACUUGUGCUACCGGAACUGGUGGCACCCUGGCUGGUACCACCCGCUAUCUGAAGACUGUCAGUGACGGCCGAGUCAAGAGCUUCCUCGCCGAUCCCCCUGGCAGUGUCCUUCACAGCUACAUUCAGAGUGGUGGCACUCUGAUCGACCGCUCCGGUAGCAGUAUCACCGAAGGUAUCGGACAGGGCCGUGUUACCGACAACCUGCAGCCCGAUAUCGACCUGCUAGAUGGCUCGGUGAACAUCAGCGAUGAGAAGACCAUUGAGAUGGUCUACCGCUGCUUGGACGAGGAGGGUUUGUACCUGGGUGCCAGCUCCGCUAUGAACGUGGUGGCUGCUAAGGAGGUUGCUGAGAAAUUGGGCAAGGGCAACACCGUUGUCACCAUUCUCUGUGACGGUGCCUACCGGUACGCAGAUCGCUUGUUCUCAGGCAAGUGGCUCGAAAGCAAGAACCUGCGCAGCUCCAUUCCUAAGCACUUGGAGAAGUACAUUGUGUUGCCUUGA